AUAUAUAUAUAUAAGUAUACAUAAAAGAAUAAAGCUAACUUUGUUUCUCUAUUGGCAGUGCAAAGCCUAAGAAGUUGGUCAAGUGACGUUGUGCACCUUGAUUUCACACCACUACCAAAACCAUCACCACCUUCUUCCUCUUCCUCUUCCUCUUCCUCCAACACCACCCCCAUGAGCACCACCACCACGACGGUCACAGCCACAAGUGGCGGCAGCAGUUGUCUCUCCAUCGACGAGGAGGAAUCGACGCAGAUUCGAAUCCAAAGACUGAUAUCGGAGCACCCUGUCAUCAUCUUCAGCCGAUCAUCAUGUUGCAUGUGUCACGUCAUGAAAAAGCUCUUGGUCACCAUCGGGGUUCAUCCUACCGUCAUCGAACUCGAUGACCGUGAGAUGGCUUCCCUCCCUCCUCCUCCGUCGUCAUCUCCAACUCACGGUGGCAUCCCCUCCAUGAACCACCCUUCCCCCGCCGUGUUUAUUGGUGGAACCUGCAUCGGUGGCCUUGAAUCCCUCGUGGCUCUUCACCUCAGUGGUCACCUCGUUUCAAAGCUCGUUGAAGUUGGUGCUCUCUGGGUAUGAUAUAUAUAUAUAAACAUUAAAUUAUAUAUAAUUAUUAUUGUUCUUAUAUAUAGCUUUAAAAAUCAUGUAAUGAUCAAGCUUUCCAUUCUAAAUGCUUCUUGAAAUCUGGAGUUUUUUCCUUUCAUUAUUAUUAUAUAAAUCGAUAAACAUAAAAAUUAAGCAGUCAA